UCCUCGGCAACGGUUCAGGCGGCGGUGGUUGCUGGCGGCCGGGCCUGGCCGACAUCUCGCUGCGCCGAGGUCUGUGCUGCGGCCGCGGGGAAGCCGGAGGUGCCGGGUGCUGCUUGGGCGGCCCUGGCCUUCUGUCUGGGAGCUGUGGGCGACGGGACUCGCACCUCCUGCCGGUUGCUGCGGCAGGCGGGGGUGGCCUUGCCUGGUGAUCCCUGUGUAUUUGAGCCAGAACUAUGGGCUUGUUUGACAAGCUAGCAGGAUGGCUCGGGCUGAAGAAAAAGGAGGUUCAUGUUUUGUGCCUUGGCUUGGACAAUAGCGGCAAAACAACGAUCAUAAAUAAACUUAAGCCUUCAAAUGCUCAAACUCAGGACAUCGUUCCAACAAUAGGAUUCAAUAUAGAGAAAUUCAAGACUUCGAGUUUGUCUUUCACAGUGUUUGAUAUGUCAGGUCAAGGGAGAUACAGAAAUCUAUGGGAACAUUACUACAAAGAAGGCCAAGCCAUUAUUUUUGUCAUUGAUAGCAGUGACAAAUUAAGAAUGGUUGUGGCCAAAGAAGAACUUGACGCCCUUCUGAAUCAUCCAGAUAUAAAGCACCGUCGACUGCCUAUUCUCUUCUUUGCUAACAAGAUGGACCUCAGGGAUGCAGUGUCCUCUGUGAAAGUAUCUCAGUUAUUGUCAUUAGAAAACAUCAAAGACAAGCCCUGGCAUAUCUGUGCCAGUGAUGCUCUUAAAGGGGAAGGAUUACAAGAAGGUGUAGAUUGGCUCCAAGAUCAGAUGCAAGCAAGGAAGACAUGAGAGAUAACUGAAAGAUGGCGUUCUUUAACAAACUUUGUCAUUAAGUGCACAAGUUCCUUGGAAAAGAAUAAUGAUUUAGAUAAAAUUAGCAGUUCAGCUAAAAUAUACUCUGUUGACAUGUUCCCUUUCAGUAUCUUUUCCAGGAAAACUGAAUGUAGACAACAUAGCACCUCAGGUAUGCACACUGAUGAGCUGAAUCUUGUGACUGGAGAGCAUAUAUAUUAAAAAGUAUAUAUAUUUCUGUUAAACAUCUGCAUUCAUUUGAGUUUUAGGUAAUAAUCAGCUGUCGUGAAAUGCCCCUCUGUUUUUUUGGGGGGCAUUUGGGCACCUUUUGACCAAAUGGGAAUAUUUAUUUUCCUGAGAAAGAAUAAUCAGCACUUUCUGAAAUACAGCUGCACGAGAUACCUACUGAUUUUAGGUGCCCAUUUUUAGGUAUUUCUGCAUUUUUCUUAUCGUAAAGUCUGAUGUUGGGGUUUUAGUAACCAUCUACAAUAGGCUUCUAGAGGAAUAUUUCGAUGCAAGAUACAAGGAUUUGAACGUUCAGUGUAUUUGUUAUAGAUGAUUGCAGAUGUUUUUAAGGAACUGCUUUUAAUGAAAUGUUAUAAAUUGUUUCUGUAAUAUGCCAUGGUUAUAUUUGCAUUCAAUAAAACUUUAAAUAUACAACAUGCCAUGUUAAUUUUAAACUUAUAUAUGUUCAUUGAUGGUCUUUAUGUCUUAAAAUUUUUGGUUUUCUGUUAGUUUCCUUUGGAAUUUGUCCAUUUUCCAAUGGAAAUAGCAUUGUAUAGUGUAAUAAAAUGGUAUCUCCUUUUCCAAGUGCUUUA